AUGUCUGUUCGAGGCAAGGUGAAGUAUCUUGGCAGGGGGCGGAAUUGGGCGAUGACGGCGAAGGGGAGGAGCGGAGAGUACUCCGUAGUGUUCCUGACGUUUGAGAACUUCCACGCCGGUCCCGCUCCGAGGAGCACGGCAAGUAUGGGUUUGGAGAAGGCGAAUCACGCUCCUGCUUCAAUUCAAAGGGGGGACGAAAGCCAGAAGAAGCCGGACCCUAACGGAGCGGGAAGUCUAUUCUGGGGCCGACGCUCGGGCCAGCUUGCAAGGCUGACAACGAGGGCGCGGUGUGGUGGGGCCGGAUCGACGCACAUCCAAUGGAUGACCCUUGUGCUGGAGCUCGGCGCCCAUCGCACGACUCCCCUCCAGCAGCCUCGUUCAUCAUACGAUUGUCAAGAUGAAGUGGCCAUUCCUCCCGAUCCUGCAUCGUUCUUUCCCGCCCAAUUGCCAAACCUUUGCACACUUUUCUGCCGGAGUAGUUUUUUUGCCUACUCGGCCGCCCUGGCCCGAGUCAAUUCGAGUCAAUCCCCCCCUCCCUCACGGAAUCCGGCGCGGGUCACUUUUCCUGUCUUUGAAUAUCAGCCGACUUUUGUCUUCGUCCUUCCGCUACAGAGCUCCAGCUGUCUCCUGCGAGUCGCAAUUCUCGGCCUGCUCUCCUACGAACUGCCGCCGUUUCCAACAGCACCACCACCACUAUCAAAUCACCUGAACCGCUCAACUUUUUCCUUCCGCCUCCUCAUUUUCGUCCUUGCCUCCACAUAUUCCUCUCCCCAACCCUCAACUCUUUUCUCGUCCUUCCCCGUGUUUGAUGGAUCUUGUUAUUGUCCGUCCCCGUGCUUCUCGUUUGCCUCCUACGCCCUCACAAGCCUACUCGCAAAGGCCAAACAAUUCUUUGAACGAUCCGAACCUCGGCACACUCUUGACGGUACACGAACGCGAACGACCGUCUCUGCUCAUCCACUGCGUCCUGCCCUGCCUCCCUUGCCAACGCCGACCCCGACGACUGUUGCUCGCUGCUUGUCCCCAUCGCCUUCGCUGCCAUUGGACGACUACAUUGCCUUGAUUGGCUACACGAGGUCGUACGACUGGCCAUCUUGA